AUGCUUCACCACGUUGAAUCCAAAUGGUCAAUGAACAUAUCACUUAUUACUCACUAUCGAGCACUUGUUGAUUUAUGUGAAAUGGAUCAAGAAAUAAUUGAACAAUACGUAUUUUCUAUAACAAGAACAUUUAGUGAUCGAAUUGUAAAAUCAUGUGGAAAUCUAUCACUACCACCGAUUGAUAAAAUAAUGAUUGAUCGAAUUAAUGGUGUUAUAUCGAAAUAUAAUCCAACAGCUUACCGUACAUUACGUUCAACACCUGAUGAUCUUGAACAUUUUAAAGAAGACGUUGCUAUUUUUUAUGGACACCGUUUAUAUACACAAGUUAUUCAACUUCGUCAACCAUCAAAAUCCACAACUCAAUCUACGCAACCAGUUGUUAUGAAUAAUUUACAUAAUAAUGAAAGCUUUUAUUCAACACGCAGUUUAAGUUAUUCCGAUAUGGAUUCAUCACAGCAACAAGGUACUGAAGGAUUUUAUUUAUCAUCAGUAAUGAAUUUAAAUGAUAAUACAUACAAUCAUUUGGAAACAUCUCCACGUUCUUUAUCAACUAAUACACUUGAUUAA